GUGACUGCGACCAAACAUGGCGGGCUGCAUUUUGUAUCGCUUCCUGUAUAAUUGAACUCUCACAGACAUAAGAGUGACUUUCCAUCAUCGAGAGUGCUUAGUGCUAAGCAUCACUUUGACGUCUUAGUUCUGAGAAUCUGUAUUGGGAAAUAAGUCUCACAUCAAAUUGUGCGAGUGGCCGGCCAAUGCUCUGUGUGGUAGUGCGGGGCCAUGGCGUCGGACGUGAAGGUGUACAGAUUUGAGUGUGUCAACCCCUACCACCCAGAGGACUAUGGCCAUGGCAAGAGCUACAUCCUCAUGGAGCCCGGCGAUACCCUGGAGGUUGACCCUUCCUCCAUGGACAUUGCCAACAGGGAGAACCCAAAGGGCUGGUUGAAAGGACGUAAUGUAAGCAGAAAUUCGGAGGGUCUGUUUCCCGCUGGACCGUAUGUCCACUUUGUCCAGAAGGACUUCAAUGACAGUGGAUAUGAAGGUACUCCCCACA